AUGGAUCUGAGCUUCAUUGCACCAACCAUAAAAAAUGGUGAGGUAAUAAUUAAACUAUGCAAGGAGGAAGUGGAAGAGGAGACACAAAAGUGGAAACAAGCACUGAUUCUCUAUGUAGUAGGAAGCACCCCAACCAUAGGAGCUAUGGAGCGUUUCAUUGCUUCAGCAUGGAAUUUUACAACAAAACCAAAAGUCUAUUUUCAUAACGAUGGAUAUUUUGUUGUAAGAUUUAACUCUAUCAGUGACAGAGAUGAAAUUCUGUAUUCUGGACCUCAUAUGUUAAAUAACAAUCCAAUUAUCAUGAGAGUAUGGUCAACUGAUUUUGAUUUUAACAAGGAGGUGCUGCAGAUUAUUUCUGUAUGGGUUAGGUAUCCUAAUCUCCCACUCAAUUGUUGGGGAGUAAAAUCAUUGAGCAGGAUAAGUAGUGGAUUAGGGAUUCCCUUCUAUGCAGAUGCAUGUACCACUCAGUUGGAUCGAAUUUCCUACGCUAGAGUACUAAUUGAAAUGGAUGUUACUAAAGAUCUUCCCAAAGCUAUAAAGGUGACAGAUCCUAAUGGAAGAGAAUUUCUGCAAGAGGUAGCAUAUGAUUGGGUUCCUGAAUUUUGUCACACUUGCAUACAAAUGGGACACCAAUCAACAGAAGAAGAAACAAGAAUGGCAGCCCAAAGUGAUCCAGAACGACAAGGGACUCAGCCAAAUGUAGUAGCAAACAAUAGUAAGGAGGUAGCUGUGCUUAAUGGGGCAAAGGACAACUGCGUAAAAUCACCUAUGAAACUAGCUAGAGGAGAGCAGGAAUAUGCAUGGAAAAAAGCUAUAGGGAAAUCAGUAACUAGAAGCAGGGAGAAGCCAUCAACAUGA